UCACACUUCACUAGUGUUAAUUAAUUGGUCCAUUCCCAACAACUUCCCGACAAACCCAGCCGAGCUCGAAGUCUAAUUAAGCCACUGUGGGCUGUGGCAGUGGCACUGGCCAUGGCGAUGGCGGCCGAGCUCCCGUCUUACCUCCUCCUCCUAGCUCUCCUAGUUAUGAUACCACUCCUCUACUUGAAGGUGUCACGCGGGAGGCCGUGCAACUCCGGCCGGCGGCUGCCUCCGGGGCCAUGGGCUCUGCCGGUCAUCGGCCACCUGCACCACCUCGCCGGCGCGCUCCCUCACCGGGCCAUGCGCGACCUGGCCCGGCGCCACGGCCCGCUCAUGCUUCUCCGGUUCGGCGAGGUGCCCGUGGCGGUCGCCUCCUCCGCCGACGCGGCCCGGGAGAUCAUGAAGACCCACGACCUCGCCUUCGCGUCGCGGCCCAUCGGGCCCACGCUGCGGCGCGUGCUCCAGGGCGCCGAGGGCGUCGUCUUCGCGCCCUACGGCGACGCGUGGCGGCAGCUCCGCAAGAUCUGCACCGUGGAGCUCCUCAGCGCCCGCCGCGUCAGCUCCUUCCGCCCCGUCCGCGAGGAGGAGCUCGGCCGGCUGCUCCGCUCCGUCGGGUCGGCCGCCGCGACGGGGCCGGUUAACUUGUCUGAGCUGAUAGCGGCGUUCGUCGCGGACUCCUCGGUGCGCGCCAUCUCCGGCUGCCGGGGUAAAAACCGCGACGAGUUCUUGAGGCUGCUGGAGGAGGGGCUCAAGGUCGUGCCAGGGAUGAGCCUGCCGGACCUUUUCCCUUCGUGGCCACUCGCCAUGCGCCUCAGCCGCGUGCCCGGCCAGACCGAGGAGCGCCGUCGCGGCAUGCUAGCAUUUCUUGACGCUACCAUCCAGGAGCGCCAGGAGAACAGAGCCGCCGCUGCCGCUGCCGCUGGCAUGGACGAACACGAGGACUUGCUUGACGUGCUCUUGCGGCUCCAGAAGGACAUGGGCUCCCAGUAUCCCCUCACCACCAUGAACAUCAGAGCCGUCAUCCUCGACAUGUUUGUCGCGGGCAGCGAGACCUCGUCGACGAUGCUGCAGUGGGCAAUGGCCAAGCUGAUGCGGAACCCGAAGGUGAUGCAAAGGGCGCAAGAGGAAGUCCGGAGGGAGCUCGCCGGCCACGACAAGGUGACGGAGGACGGUCUGAAGAACCUGCACUACCUACGGCUCGUCAUCAAGGAGACGCUCCGGCUGCACCCGGCGGCGCCGCUCCUGCUGCCGCGGGAAUGCCGCAGCCCGUGCCAGGUGCUCGGGUUCGACGUGCCCCAGGGCGCGAUGGUGCUCGUGAAUGCGUGGGCGAUUGGCCGGGACCCGGCGCAGUGGGACGCGCCGGAGGAGUUCGUCCCGGAGAGGUUCGAGGAGCAAGGCAGCGGCGGCGGCAGGGACUUCAAGGGGACGGACUUCGAGUUCGUGCCGUUCGGCGCCGGCAGGAGGAUAUGCCCCGGCAUGACGUUCGGUCUCGCGCACGUCGAGCUUGCGCUCGCUGCGCUGCUGUUCCACUUUGACUGGAAGCUGCCGGAGGCGAUGGUCCCGGAGGAGAUGGACAUGACCGAGGAGGGUGGGCUCACCACGCGCCGCCGGUCUGAUCUAUUGCUGGUCGCGGUGCCACGUGCUCCUGUGCCGAUCGAGUAAGUAAGGGCUAUUGUAUUGUGCCUGGUGGUGUACCGCUGUGUGUUGCUUCUCUGGUCCUUUUCUGGCGUAGUAAGCAUGGGCUGGUUCGAGUAAGCAUGGGCUGGUUCACGUGCCUGUUGCCUUGCAGUGUGUCGAUCAUGUACUAGCGUACACAUACCUGUAUAAGACGAAGCUGUUGGCGUCAUCAUUUUUUUCUUAAGGGAAAAACUAUAUUAACUGGCAAAGAUAGAAUUACAGCCAUUGUCUGUUGA